UUAUUGCUUUGUAUAUUAUAUCGUAUUGACAAAUGAAUAAUUAUAUUUGUAAUAAAUGUUAUUCUACGAAAAGCAAAAGAAAGAAAGCAUUUAGAAUAACUCAAUGCGGGCACAUAUUUUGUGGCAAUUGCCUAGACGAAGGUAUGAGACCUUGCCCAAGAUGUAAUAAUGGAGAAAUUGCAUCGUUGCAAUUGGAAGAACCUUUAUUACCUAAAGUAGCAUCUUUGUUCAUUCCUCUAAAUGAAGCUAUACAACCAUUACCUGAAAUAGCAAAUUUCCAAAGUGCACAGACUAAAAUUAUUCUAAGACGUUUUUAUCAAAUUGUAUAUAUUACUUUUUAUAAAAAACUUGUUAUCUUCUUACUUCCGUUCUUCGUCUUAUUAUUAUAUUUAAUUUUUAAGGAUAGAAAAUAUAACUUAUUGAAGGAAGAAUAUCAUAAGCUUGCACAAAAUAUGCAAAUAAUAACUGAAAAGUAUCGUAAACUUCGAGAAAAUAUGGAAGCAAUUAAUAUGAAAUUUGCAUAUCCUAGCAAUGUAAUUUCUAAUAAUCCGUCUAUCUAUAAUCGUAGAGACAUGCUUAUCGAUGCAAGAAGAAUGCACAUUGAUAGGUAAAUUUUAAAUAUAAUUCAUUGAAUAGUUUCAUUGAUUAUUACACUUUUAUGAUUAAAUAAAAAUGAACUACUAUGAACUAAUAAAAAUGAUUACUAUGUAUGUAUAUCCGUUUAAU